AUGCUCUUGCGACGUGAGAGACAGCAAGAGGAUGUCCAUCAGUCUGUUCCAGUGCCGAGAGAAGGUGGUGAUACAGCCUGGCAGCAAAUGCGCGCACACGAAGGAAUCGCGAUGGUGAGAGACUUUAUGCCGGCGACGACGCCCAGUAUGGUUCACAUCCAAGUCCAGAAGCGAUCUGAGACGGACUUCACGCACCACAUCCUCAUCAGCGGGACAGCUCUGCUCGGCGCCCCUGCCACAUCGAUCGUGCCUUUCACACCCCAGCCGCCUCGAUCGAUCAGCAUCCGGGAUGGCGAUCGCGACAGUCCUUUCGACGACCUCUUCGCCGGCAUGGACUACAAUCUCCCCGAGGCAGAGGUUUCGGACGAGAGAAUGCUUUUCGACGACCUGGGUGUGGAGGGAAGGUCCGAGUCUGUGGGGCAGCAGAACAAUUAUCACCAGAGAGAGCUUGUGAAUCCUAGGGAGGAGAGCAGGGUUCUCGAGGAACAGCGCAGAGAGCCAGACAACGAGCCGGACAAAUCCAAGGACGACUUUCGGGAACUCAACGUUCUGCGACAGAAGGUGCUGGAUUCCACUCACGACGAACCCGCAAUUGCGCGCACGCUCGCCAAUUCGUUCAACGCCAUGAUCACCAGACUCCAACGUCAACUGGAGUCGGAUGCUGUUGAACAGAUGGAGGCGGAUGCUGCCUUUCGACAAAAGUUGGAGAAUAUACGCGAGCAGCUCAACAAGGAUGGUCGUUGA